AUGUUAUAUCCUGGUGAGCUUGAGAGAAAAGAUACCACUGAUUCUGACACAUCUGCGUCAUACUUGGAUAUUGUACUUGAAAAAGAUGUUACUGGCACUAUUGCAGGAACAGUUUCCACUGCAGCCUCUUUCACAGCCACUAUUGGAAACUCUAUUAACUUCACAUGUACAUAUACACUAGACUCUGGUGAUACGGUCCCUCCAGGAGCUAUUUCGUGGCAAGUUAAAUCAGGCCCGGGACCAGAGGAGUUUACAAACAUAGCCUCUUUUUCUCCUCCUGGUUCAAGUGGAUCUCAAUCCUUUACACCGUUUGCCACUGAUUACAAGAAUCGAACUGAAUUAUUCAAUGUUACAGCUAAUGGAGCUAAUUCUUAUGUUGUUAUGAUGAGAGUAAACGAGGUGGUGUGUUCAGAUGAGAAUCACUAUAGGUGCUCUGUUUUAUUUAUUAAUACUGGUUCCGGUCCCAUAACUAAGACACAAGAAACAUCUCUCACAGCUAGAGCCCCUGCUGAGCAACCUUAUGACAUUCCAGUUCCUGAACCAGACAAUAUAGAAGAGAACAUGGAAGUGACUUUGUCCUGUACAGCCAAUGUUGGAAAACCUCUUGGACAAAUCAGGUGGUGGCGCUACAGGAAUGGUAUAAUAACUCCACAGGAAAUGAUAGGAGUGUCUACCACCACCCCACCAGUUCAGAGAGGCGUGUGCGUCUACAACGUGACGAGCACAGUAACAUACAGGAUGACUAGAGAUGACCACCAGUCGGUAUUGAGAUGUUUCGUGGAUAAUGAAUUGUUGAAAAUGCCAGACCGAGACAAACCUUACCAAGAAUCUAAGAGGAUUAAUGUAUAUUUUCAAGUCAUUGUUCCCAUAAUAAGGAAGAUACCAGACUCUAGUGCUGACUCCCAGUAUUUUAUUGGCUCCACUGUGACCUUGAUCUGUGAAGCUGAAGGUAAUCCAACUCCUGGGAUCCACACAAAUACGACUGUCAACAGGUAUUUAUGGGCAUUCAAGACCAGCCCCAGUGACAAUGCUAGAGAGUUAUCAUCCAGCAAUGGGACACUAACUCUGACCAAUCUUCAGGAAAGUUAUACAGGGAUUUACACUUGUACUGCAUGCAAUGGAUUCAAUGGGAAAUUCUUUAACGCAUCUAAUAGCGUAAAGUUACACAUUGUAAAAACGACAACCACUAUCUUCACCGCCACAUCUUCUACGACACCUUUUGAAAGAACAUCUAAAAUGUUCACCACUACACCACAGAAAGGGCUGGCAUGCUACUCGGAUAGCCAGUGUCAAGAUUCUACCUAUCAUUGCUGUACUGGUACUAUUUACUGCUGUCCGCUAGGAACCAUCUGCACUGGGACCAUCAACUGUAUCAGUAUCGGAACAAUUGUGGGUUCCCUUGUUGGUGGAGUUGUUUUUAUUAUUAGCUGCAUCGUCUGUUUUCUAUGCAACCGUCGCCGUAAACGCAAAUUGCCUGCUUCAACAGUUAUAAUUAAUUAUGGACAGCAACAAAUAAGAAUUAACCACGAACAACAAACCUUUGGGCAAUGUCCAGGACAAAGCUCUGAACAAUCUCGAGCUCAUCAUUUCGGACAAGGUUAUGCUUCACCCCCGGGAUCCUACAGAUAAUGGUCAGCCAAACAGAUCACUACAUGUACAAGAUAAAGUAUUGACAGUACAUAUGUACAUGAUGUAUUUGUCUGAGAAAAACAAGACCGAUUCUAGUAUUUCAGAAAUAAUUCAUCUCAGCCCAAGUAGGAAAUUUUGUUUUCCUUGAUGUGAAUAAUUGAUUACAAAGUUGAAAAAAAUUUUCAGUAAUUUUUUGGACAUUUUGUGCUUGCACGUGAUUAUGUUAUCAAUUAUUUAGUUCCAGUACUUAAAAAAAACACCACGUCCUGUAAAAGGACUUUUCUCAAUUAAGACUUGAGGGGGUCGACUGGGGUUUUAUUGUAUGAAAACUACAAUAGCGCAACUCUUCAUUUUUAUACCAUAUUUAACUUACAUUAACUUCAAUAUACAUGCAAAGUUUGAGGGACAUCUCCAGUCCAGGUAUUUUUGAGGGAUAGUUUCAAAACACAGGUACAUUUACUAUAGGAUUAUAGAGGAAAAUACCAAUUUUAGUACUUUAAAGCAUAUUAUAUAAAUA